AUGGCGGCGGCGGCGAAGCAGUACGGCGUGCUCACUGCCCUCGUGCGCGACACGCACGGUCAGCUGGCGCCGGCGCUUGGGAACGCCGUGCUGGCCUUUGUGGAUUGGUUCUUGCCGCUGUUCACGUCGGUGUACGGCGCGCACAUGGCGGCUUGGUGUCACGACACGGCUCCUGCCGCCGCUUCGAGCCGCUUGCUGGACGCGACCCACGCCGUCAAGGCCGGUGUCGAGGCUCUCUUCGACGCACACCGUGUGAUUUCUGUCGUGCUGACCAACGGCUACAAGGCUGGUGUGAUUGAGCGCAUUCUGUCCCCGCGUUUUUGGGAGAGUACGACGUCCGAGGACAUUGACCGCGUAGGCGCCUACGCCCGCGCGCACAGCUGGGACGACGCGGUUGUACGGCCGCCGCCCGUUGCGCUCUACCGUCAUCUUGCCCACCAGCACGCGGACACGCUGCGUGCUGCCAGCGCCGCCGCCCACUCAAAGCGGACAUACGAGCACCUGAUGGUCACUCACCUCUCUGUGCGGAACUUGCAGUUGCCUAUCCGUCGAACCCGACGGUGCACCGACGGCGGCGACGAUUCUUGUUCGCCCAUUAAGCUGCACCUGGCGUAUAAGAGUGUCACUCCUUCUUCUGUGGCCAACGCGCCAGCCGACGGCGAAGGCAGCGGUACCACGCAACAGCCGCCGCUCUUGCGCAGCCGUGGCGGGGAGGAGGAGGAGGAAGAAGAGGCGUACCCCGUCAACCUCCGCGACAUCCCUUGCAGCGUGCUGCGCGGCGAGCUUUUCAGUUACGUGCCACAGUAUCCCUCCAUCUUCUCCGGCGCCUCCAUCGCACACAACAUCUCGCUCGCCCCGUUUGUCUCCCUUGAGGAGACGGCUCUGCUUGCCAAGGCGCAGACCUGUGCGGAGGAGGCGCGCUGCGACUACAUUCACCGCUUUCCGCAAGGGCUGCUGACGCCGGUCGGGGACGCUUCAUCCCUGUGGAGCGGGUCGGGGCCAGCCGAUGGCACCGGACUCGUGCGCUUGUCGGGUGGUCAGUCGCAGCGGCUCAUGGUCGCCCGCGCGCUGUACCACGGCGGCAGCAUUUUACUCAUGGACGAGCCGACGGCAAGCCUCGACUCUCUGACCAAGACGGAACUGCUGAAGGAAUGGCGGCAGCUGCUGGACCGCGGGGUGAUCAAAGGCAUUCUAUGCGCGAGCCACGAUGAGGCGGUCGUUGCCGCGGCAGAUGAGGUCGUUUCGCUUGCUUGA